UAGUUGUCGGCAAUGCGCUGUGAAAAAAGUAUAGCCGUCAUUACCUGGGCCAUCUUGACCUGCCAAUUUUUAUCAGCAGCUGAUUCCCUGCUUAACAAUAUUGACGAGAGCCACUACUUUCUGUUUCAACAACAAACUCUGACUCUGUUACAGAGGAAUAAUGGCGCAGUCAGUCCUUGAACAGUUGACUGACCUUGUUAAAGUGCUCGCUCUCGUGAUCUAUUAUUGGCUGGUUGCCAUAGUGAAGUCUGUUCUUCCAGCCAGUAUCCAGGGCAAAGAUGUUUCCAAGGAGACAGUUCUGAUUACAGGAGCAGGCAGCGGCAUAGGACGUCUGAUGGCUGAAAGGUUUGCAAAGCUAGGUUGUCGUCUUGUACUCUGGGAUGUCAACGAAACUGGAAAUGACGAAACCGCGAGCUUGUGCCGCAGUUCUGGCGUAACUGUCAAGACAUACACCAUAAAUUUGUGUUCCAGAGAGGAUGUGUAUCGUGUGGCUGCAAAGGUGAAGGAGGAUGUUGGACAGGUUGACAUUCUGGUGAACAAUGCUGGUAUCGUGACGGGCAAAAAAUUCCUCGAUUGUCCUGAUAACAUGGUCCAGAAAACCAUGGAAGUGAACGUAAUGGCACACUUUUGGACCGUCAAAGCCUUUUUGCCAGAGAUGAUCAAAAGAAACCACGGUCACGUUGUAAACAUUGCAAGUUCUGCUGGAUUGAUAGGAGUUAAUGGCCUUGCAGACUACUGCGCGAGUAAAUUUGCAGCUGUUGGGUUUGACGAGUCCCUGCGUUUCGAGCUGCAGUCCAUGGGACGGACGGGAAUUCACACCACUGUUGUCUGCCCCUUCUUCAUCAGUACUGGAAUGUUUGAGGGGGCAAAGACAAGGUUUCCCCUUAUUCUGCCGGUUCUGAAACCAGAUUAUGUUGCUGACAAGAUUGUGGAUGCUGUUCUGUGUAACCAGACCAUGUUAUGUCUACCCAGAAUCCUUUACGUCUUCUUCGCUCUGAAAGGAGUGUUGCCUCAUACCUGUCUGCAACUGCUUUGCGACCACCUGGGGGUUAACAAUUUUAUGGAUGAAUUUAAAGGGAGACAAUAGUUUGACAUAUCCAGUGACAGAGUGACUUCCCUUUCUACAAAAGGAUUUAUUUUAAAGGGAGAUUAUAAGUAAAGGUUGACAUAUUCAGUGGCAGAGUGAUAUCCCAUGUUAUGCAAAAAUAGUUGUUGUGAUUUUAUUUUAACAUUUUGUUACAUUAUUGCUUUUCAAUUUGCAAACUAGGGGACCAUAAAGAAUUAUCUGCCCUGUUAUGUAAACAUUGAUUAUUUAUUUUGUUAGAUCUCUGCUAUUUGAUUUCGAAGCUAGAUAUGUUAUUCACCCAUGACAUAUGAACACAAAAAGAAGAUAAAUGUAUGUGUGAAUGUUUUAGGGGCAUAUCAUAAAAAUAAACAUCAGCAAGAUUAUUUUCAUCCCUCAUCGUAUUUCAUACAAUGAACACAAUCCACAAAUGCCAUCAAACUUCCCAUUGACAGUGAACUUUAUCUUAUAUGAAUGUAUAAUGAUUAAAAAAGGGCUUUCCAAACCAACAACAGACUUCUGUAUAUAUCAAAUACAGCAUUUUAAUUCUUAUAAAUAUUGGAUGGUCACUGGUUCGAUCCCCACCACCAUUGGAGAGUUCUUUUGAUCUCUGUAAAGAAAUCAAGGACUAAUUCUACCAGGAGAUGGACUUGAGAGCGUUUCAAUUCUAUCCAGGAAAUGGACUUGGGCUUUCUAUGCAAACAAGCUGAAAUAAAUUAGUUUUAAAAAGGAUUAGCAGGAUGGCGAAAUCUCAUAUUGAAUUACUUGAAAAUUGUUUUGAAAGCUGUUUGCAUCUUGUCUACAGCAAUUUUAUUAUCAAAUUCUGGUGAAAAGUUUAUUUUGUCCCUUUUAUGCUCUUGAACAAUAUUGACAACGCGGACAGUUGAUGUUGCACAAUUUUGCAUCUACCAUCUACCGAAUGACAAAUAUUACAAAAAAGAAUCCAUUAAAUUGAAAUCACCACAGUAUGAAAUGUUAUCAAUUCCAUAAAAAAUGCACCGACAUUUUAAACAUGUUGUUAUCCUGACAUUGAUAUGCCCCUUGAACAAUUUAGCCUUGUUCUGAGAAAACUGGGCUAAAUGCAUGUGCGUAAAGUGUUGUCCCAGAUUAGCCUGUGCAGUCCGCACAGGCUAAUCAGGGACGACAUUUUCCUCUUUUAUGACAUUUUUCAUUUUAAUGAAGUAUCUUCCUAGCAAAAAUCCAAUUUAGGCGGAAAGUGUCGUCCCUGAUUAGCCUGUGCCAACUGCACAGGCUAAUCUGGGAUGACACUUUACGCAAAUGCAUUAUGCCCAGUUAUCUCAGAACACGACUCAAUUAUUGACAGUUUGUGGAAAUCAACCUUAUCAGGGAUUCUUGUUGCAUAUCAAGAAAUAAGAUGAAGUGUACAAUAACUAUUGCUCAAUCUUGAAGUGUGUUAUGUUUAUAUUGCAUACACUGUUUUUCUAUGUAA